AUGAACCUUGGGAUGCUCAUACGCAAUGCAGAUGCGCAGUGUGCAGAGCUCGGUGAAGACUGUGAUUUGAAGGCGUCUCGAACCUCACAAUCUCCCAUCAUCAGCUCAACGGCCAAUGCCAACUGCCAGCAAACGAGCAAAUCCCCUACCAGGUCCGUGGAGAGAGAAAGGGCUGCCGACACUGCAUCUUCGCUGCAGGAAACUCAAGUCAGAGUCCUAGGCCAUUUCACCGAGAACGAUCUAUCUCUCACAGCAUCAGGUGCUGUCCAGAAAGUCACUGAAACGAGCCCAACGGGCACAACUUCAGACUGCAGAGUACAAUCGCCUGCAGAAAAACCUCCUGUCCCUAGCGAAGAGUCAGAAGGUGCCCUUUUGAUUGUCGAAGAUCUCGGACGAACCGAAUAUACUGGCCUGCGUUCUAAUAAAAGCUUUCUUCUAUGCGUUCAGGACGUUUUGCACGCCACCACUCGAGAGAACUUCCUGGAUCCGGCGGACCGAAACUUUUUGGAAACACCUCGCAUUGCCAAGCUACCACCUAUCCAAAGCAAAGAGUCUAUCGAAGCAAUAAAACUGUUUCCACCUCGAGAAAUCUCCUCUUUCCUUGUUUCUACGUUCUUCUAUUAUGUGGAAGCAACGUUCUUCUACUGCGACAAAGAAUGGUUCCAUACUACUCUCAAUAGCGUGUUUACCGGGAAUGCUUCUGGAAGUGCGGCCGACGAUGCAUUCAUAUGCUUUACGUUACUUGUAUUUGCCUUCGGUAGUCAGUUUGCACAUUUGAGAUCAAGAGACAAGCCCCAAGACUCUUUACCUCCAGGCUUAGACCCCGGUAAGAGAUUCUACGACUGUGCUCAGAAACUCAUUCCUAGAAUCAUAGCCACGUGUACCUUGAAGGGAAUUCAAGUAUGCCUACUGGCAGGUCUGUACAACUUGCCUUACAAUCUGCCUGAUACGGCCUAUCUAUACCUUGGAAUGGCUAUGAGGAUGUCAAUUGCCAGUGGGCUGCACCGAAAGACCCUAGCCGCUCCGCGCACAAGCAUCGCCUUAGGACGUCCCUCAAGCAUCGCGGAAGAUGCUGUAGACGCUCCGUUCCCAAAGUACCACUCUUCGCUGGAUGAACUGGAGUACCAAUCAAAUGUGCAGCAUCAAGUCGAAUAUCUCAAACUGACAAAGAUCAUUACUCAGAUUGUGCAGAACAUUCCUCUCGAGUCGAAGCUGCCAUGCGUUGAGGACCUAUCCCAACAACUAAAGCAAUGGCGCUCUCAGCUUUUCUCCAAUCUCCAUCCCAAUGACCUGCUUCCUAGCGAGCGAAAUUUUCGCACGACAGUUCAUCUGCAUAUACAUUAUCAUUGGGCAUGGAUUCUUAUGGGGCGUGCCUCCCUCCUCCAGAUUUCGCGCGAACGCAUUCAAGCCUUGUUAAGCUCUGCCCCUUCCUCUCCGGACCAGCCUCAUGGCCGAAUGGAUCUUGUUAUUGUCUGCGUCGACGCUGCUAAGGCGACUAUCGAGUUGAUUCUCGUUUUGAGAAAGCACAACUUACUUUGCCGCUUCUCGUUCACCGAUCAUCAUGCUUCGACAGCAGCACUGAUCGUAUUAAUACUCCAUAGUAUUCUACAACAAGGAGAUGAGACGAGCAGAAUCAUUGACGAUGGUGUCGAUAUGUUGCACUAUAUGGCACGCGGGGGCUGUCGUGGAGCCUCCUCGGAUCUCCAGACUAUUGAGCAGCUCAGAAGGCUCGCUUAUGACUUACGGAAGAGGAUAUAUAAGAGCGAGAGCGACUCUUCUACAGCGGUUCACAUGCAACCGACUGAUAUCACGAACUCCUACCAAGCUUGGGUGAACUGGAUGUCGGAGCAGGAAGCCUCCAGAAGUGAUGUAUGCGGGCUUGAAAAUCAACAUCCUCAACCAGCCCAAGAAAUUGUGCAUGGUUCCUCUCAAUUGCGUGGCUGUGAGCGCCCUUUUUGCUACGAAGCUGGCUCCAAUGAUAACAUGCUCUACAUGCCGAACGAUAGCUCGCUCGACCAGGGGAAUUUGAGCUGGAAUUUCGAUAUGUACAAUGGAUCCAUCGAUGACGGAGCGGUUCCUAGAGGUUUUGAGUGGGACGAUGGCAGGAUGGACGUACUGGAUAUGACGCAGCUUCUGGAAAGUCACAGUGGUCAGACUACCUACGGUCAGGGAUAA